UUUUGCUCUGAGUUUUGUUCACAGUCACUGGAAAAAGUUUGUUCUAUAACUCACAGAUUUAUUUACUAUAGGCUGGAGUACUGUUAUUCUGCACUAUGGCCUCUUUAGUUUGGCGUAGACUCCCUCAAUAUGCUCCACAAAUGUGUCGCUUCGCUCAUGCUCCAUCGCAGCAAUCUACUGCAAUGUUCAAAUGGAUGACUUACCUUGGCAUCCCAGCAGUUGUGGGCACAACAGCUAUUUUUGUUUACAAGCGAGAGCAACAACAUCAUGCGCAUUAUCACCGACCAGAAUACAAAUCGUAUGCACACAUGGGACUCAGGUCUAAGAAAUUUCCGUGGGGAGAUGGCAACCACUCUCUCUUCCACAACCCCAAAACCAACGCUAUUCCUGGGGAGGGAUAUGAAGAAGAUCACUAGGAUAAUUCGAUCUAAUAACACUAUUUUAUUCGUGUGAUUUGAAGUUUGAAAAGUUGUGGUAAUAUUAUUCUGUUCCCUAUCCAUUAAAUGAGAGAUGAUA